AUGCUGGUACCGCCCUCACCAACGCCUGCAACCUACCCAACAAUAUGGGAUUCGAAACCAACCUCGAAAGCACGCGGUGCCCAAAGAAGAGUCUAUGGAAAACGGAGAGUCGAUGCGCCACGAGCGGUCUUUGAACAGCGCAGCCCAAUAAAGUCACUGGAAAAGGCGACAGAGAAAUCAGUUCAGCAUGCUGUGGACUGCAUACAAGCGAAAUUGGCUGAAGUCACAUUGAACGAACCUCCUGCAGACUCGGGGAACGAGCAGGAACCUGCACAAUCCUUGCAUGAAGAGAACGAAGUGGAACAUAAGCCCACACCAACACUGGAGGCUGUGGACCCAAAGAUCGCCUGUACUCCUUCGCCAGGGCAUGAUACCCCGGAAUCAGAGAAACGCUAUGAGAGAAUGGUAGAGGUCAGAAUAACACCGAGGAAACUUGAGACAGAACCUACGGGCGGGAAGAAAGAUGAGACUGUUACAGGCAGCAAAGCUAGGAAGACGACGCAGAAGAAGUCCGCACGACGUCUAUCCUCAGGCUGCGUCCCCGACGCAAAAGUCAACGCGUAUGUCCGCGCCGUGCUUGACGAGGCUGUAUCGCCGAUUGCCGCUCAAGGUGUCCAGAAAUUCAGCUCGUGGGCUGCUCGAGCUGGCAAUGCGCUUGAGGUUGUGAAACUGGCCGAAGGGUCUUACGGAGAGGUAUACAAGCUGCGAUUGAGAGAGGAAGUUUGCAUGAAAGAGAUGUCCAAGUCGAAGCUGGCGCGCUUAAGGGCCUACGGAGAUGGAGUAUUCAAAGUCGUACCGUUACGAGCGCAGAGCGGCCCCGGUUCGAAAAAAUUUACCAGCAUUGAGGAAAUCGUCUCCGAGGUCAAAAUGCUCAAAUACUUGGAUCCAAUUCCAGGAUUUGCUCGUUUUCGAGAAAUCCACGUCGUUCAGGGUCGAUUUCCGGACUCAUUUCAAGCUGCGUGGGAUCAUUACAAAAAGACAAAAGACGAUUGCAUGAAUCCUAACCCCUCGAGUAAAAGGGCGUAUCCGGAUAAACAGCUGUGGGCGAUAGUGGAGAUGGAUGAUGCCGGCUGUGAAUUGGAGAAAUUCUCCUGGUCGUCGAUCUUUCAAAUUUAUGACAUAUUCUGGGGCGUUGCAAUGGCCCUCGCCCGAGCGGAAGAAUAUGCACUGUUCGAGCACCGAGAUCUUCACCUCGGCAAUGUGUGUAUCAAGACAACUCGUUCGGAUGGCUGUAUGGCGCCUCCAUCCGAUAUCGAAAUAAUGCGUCAAACAUGGACCAGCGGCUUCGGCCUGAGCACAUUGGAAACCACGAUCAUUGACUACUCUCUCUCACGCGCGGAGCUGCGAGCCAGUGAGGAAUCCGAUCGGAUUGUGGACAUUGCUUCAUCUGAUCUUGACAAGAAGCAAAUUUUCGAUGCCAUCGGCCGAGACGAGGACGAGAUUCUGUUGAGGGACACGUAUAGGCAUAUGCGCGCAGAGGUAUACACAGGAAAUCCGGUCGACACUGAAAAGACCCCCGAUAUUCCAGGGAUCUGGGCGGAAUAUGCGCCUCGAACGAAUCUCAUUUGGCUUUUGUUCAUCCUAAAAACCCUUCUCAAGAAUCGCAAGACCGAGCCCUCUCAACCGGCCGCAACAAGAUCACCACUGGCCCCCUGCUCCCCCAACAAAAAUAUCGAGACGAAGCAGGCGAAAAAAUCGGGCGAGAAAGCUAAGCAGCCACUUCUUGGGCAAAUGCAUAUCACGGAAGCAAACAAAAGGGUUGCUGAUUUAAAGAAGUCACUCGAGGACAGACUCAAGUCUGUUCUAGACCUGCUAGAUCUCGAACGUGGCCAUAAAGACAUGUGCUGUGCUGCGGAUCUGGUAGCUUACGCGAUUGACUCGCAGUGGCUAAGCGAGGAGGACUUUUUCUGA